GCAUACCCAACAACGGACGCGAACGCAGUACACAACCGGCUCAAACUUUUCUCCAGAAACCCUCGCCGCCUCCACCGACCAUGCCGCCGCCGGCAACACCACGAGCACUGCCCGAAGAGCUCGUCGAGGAGAUCUUCCUCCGCCUCCCGCCGACUGAUCCGGCGUCUCUCGUGCGCGCCUCCCUCGCCAGCAAGCCGUGGCUCAGCCUGCUCACCGGCCGUCGCUUCAACGAUCGCUACCGCGAGUUUCAUGGAUCUCCCCCCAUGCUGGGUUUCCUCUACCACUGGCCCAGGUACUCCGAACCACGGGAGGAAGACACCCUCCUGCCCUUCAUCUCCACCACGAACUUCGCCCCACGAAUUCCCGGCGACGAGCACUGGGUAGACGGCUCAGUUGUGUUGGACUGCCGCCAUGGUCGUGUCCUGCUUUGCGAUAUGGACCGAUUCAUCGUCUGGGACCCCAUGACGGGCUGCUGGAGUUGGCUGCGCGCCCGUGAAGAUUACGCUAGCAUACAUGGAGCGGUGAUAUGUGCCGUGAGAGGCUGCAACCACCGCGCGUGUCACGACGGCCCCUUUCGGGUCAUCUUAGUUGGCCUGAGAAAUGAGGGCGAUGGUUGUGUUGCAUACGCGCACAUGUCCCUGCCUGGGGUGGGUGAGUGGAGCAAGCCAUGCCCUGGUCUUGAUCUUGAGGGUGAGAGUGCAUACAUUUUUGACAGGCCCUCUGUCUUUAUUGAAGAUGCACUUUAUUUCAUUGUUGCGUAUGAUGACGAUGAGGAUGGCAAUGAGGACCAUGAGGACGAUGACGAUGAUGAUGAUGAUGACGAAGAUGACGACAAUGAUGAUUAUUAUUAUGAUGAUGAAGAUGAUUAUGACAACGACGACGACGACGACGAUGAUGAUGAUGAUGAUGAUGAUGAUGAUGAUGAUGAUGAUGAUGAUGAUGAUGAUGAUGAUGAUGACAACGAUGACCAUGACCAUGGCAUUGGCGACAACGAGGAUGGCAACUACAUAACUAUUCUCAAGUAUGACUUGGGAUCUAAUUGCCUAUCAAUGAUUGACCCGCCAUCCCAGGAGACUCACCGAGCCGAUGAUGCUAUCCUUAUAUCGAUGGAAGAUGGUAGUUUGGGGUUAGCCCACUUGGACGGGUUAACCCUCAACAUAUGGUCAAGGCAGAUGGGGCCUGACACAGUUUCAACAUGGACUCGGCAAAAAGUUGUCAAUCUCAAGGAACUUUUUCCCAAUCAAAAUAUAAAGAAAACACUUCAGCUGACGGGAUCUGUGGAGGGUAGUGAUAUCAUUUUCGUGACAAUGGACCUUGGCGUCUACGAGAUUAAUCUCAAGUCACUGCAAUGGAAGAAGACGUGGAAAAAAGAAGAAUGGCGUUCUUUGUUUCCCUACAUGAGUUUUUACAAUCCACGAGAAAGGGUGCCCAUGUGA